AUGCCUUAUAACAUUGCGAUGGUCAGUGACUUCUUUUUCCCACAAUCUGGGGGAAUCGAGAGUCACAUCUAUCAACUGUCCUCUAAACUUAUCGACCGAGGACAUAAAGUCAUCAUUAUCACGCAUGCAUACAAAGGCCGGACAGGAGUUCGCUAUCUUACCAAUGGUCUCAAGAUCUACCACGUCCCUUUCUUUGUGAUUUAUCGGGAGACGACGUUCCCUACUGUCUUUUCAUUCUUUCCCAUAUUCCGGAAUAUUGUGAUUCGCGAAAAGAUUGAAAUUGUGCAUGGUCAUGCUAGUCUUAGUAGCUUUUGUGGAGAAGCUAUUCUUCAUGCGCGAACCAUGGGCCUACGUACUGUCUUCACAGACCACUCCCUAUUUGGAUUUGCUGAUGCAGCUUCUAUUUUAACCAACAAACUUCUAAAGUUUACGUUGAGCGAUGUUGAUCAUGCAAUAUGUGUCAGCCACACUUGCAAAGAGAACACUGUCCUCCGAGCAUCGCUUGAUCCCUUGAUGGUAUCGCAUAUCCUCGACCCUCCCCCCCCACCGAUUGGACCUGACGAUACAAUUACAAUUGUGGUGAUUUCGCGCCUUUUUUAUAACAAAGGCACGGAUCUCCUCAUUGCAGCCAUCCCACGAAUUCUAGCUCUAAAUCCCAAUACGCGCUUUAUUAUUGCCGGUUCCGGACCCAAAGCUAUCGAUCUAGAGCAAAUGCUCGAACGCAAUGUGCUACAAGACAAAGUGGAAAUGCUCGGCUCUGUUCGACACGAAGAGGUUCGGGAUGUUAUGGUUCGUGGCCAUAUCUACCUCCACCCUAGUCUGACGGAAGCCUUCGGCACUGUCAUCGUUGAAGCCGCGAGCUGCGGAUUAUACGUGGUUUGUACUCGAGUAGGAGGUAUUCCGGAGGUUUUGCCUCAACAUAUGACCACCUUUGCUAAACCAGAGGAGGACGACCUGGUUGUUGCUACCAGCAAAGCGAUUGCGGCCCUCCGUUCCAAUAAGGUGCGAACGGACCGGUUUCACGAUCAAGUGAAGAUGAUGUAUUCGUGGCGGGAUGUGGCAGAACGCACUGAGCGUGUAUACAAAGGUAUCACGGGUGAUAUCAGUCCUGAGGAAUUCUAUGGUUACUAUCCUGGCCAAGGCUGGGAAGCUAGUGGGGAUCGUGUGCGCAGUUUUGCACUCAUCGACCGCUUGAAGCGUUACUAUGGCUGUGGCGUAUGGGCUGGCAAGCUCUUCUGUCUCUGCGUUGUCAUUGACUCUUUGAUCUACGUCUUCCUUGAGAUGUGGUUUCCCCGUGUCAACAUCGAUAUCGCACGAAGCUGGCCGAAAAAACAAUCUGAGGAGAAACCUCGUAUUUCCGCCAAUCCUCGCGCGAUUCGGUGA